AUAAUUUCAUAAACUAUGUACAGGGAAGAUUACCGUGAUUAUGCAGAUCUUCUCUUUGAAAAAUUUGGUGACAGAGUGAAGUUUUGGAUGACUUUCAAUGAACCAUGGUCUCUUAGUGGAUUCUCAUAUGAUGAUGGAGUUUUUGCUCCUGGUCGAUGCUCAUCUUGGGUGAAUCGUCAAUGUCGUGCUGGAAACUCAGCCACUGAACCUUACAUAGUUGCCCAUCAUCUACUUCUUGCUCAUUCUGCAGCUGUACAAUUAUAUAGAGGAAAGUACAAGGAAACUCAAAAUGGCCAGAUCGGGAUCACAAUUUUUACCUUCUGGUUUGAACCUCUCUCCAAUAGAGCAGAAGAUAUUGAAGCAUCCAAAACAGCACUUGAUUUCAUGUUCGGAUUGUGGAUGGAUCCUCUGACCUAUGGUCGAUAUCCAAGGAUUGUGCGAGAUUUAGCUGGAGAUAGAUUGCUCAAUUUUACUGAGGAAGAAACUCAUUUGCUUAGAGGAUCAUAUGAUUUUCUUGGGUUACAAUACUACACAUCAUAUUAUGCAAAGCCAAAUGCUCCGGUUGAUCCAGAUCAUAUUAGAUAUAAAACUGAUAGUCACAUUACUGAAACUCCUUAUGAUUAUGAUGGUAAUCUCAUUGGUCCACAGGCUUAUUCGUCUUGGUUUUACAUUUUCCCGAAAGGUAUCCGACAUCUUUUAAACUAUACCAAAGAUACAUACAAUGAUCCAGUAAUUUAUAUUACUGAGAAUGGAGUCGACAAUUUGAAAACUGAAAUUGACAAAGCUGGUGAAGAGAACAUAACUGCAGCACUUAAAGAUGAAUUCAGGAUAGAUUAUUAUAGAAAACAUAUGUGGAAUGCUUUAGGGUCCCUCAAGGAUUACCAUGUUAAUCUCAAAGGUUACUUCGCAUGGUCAUAUCUGGACAACUUCGAAUGGAAUAUUGGUUAUACUUCAAGGUUUGGUUUGUACUAUGUAGACUACCACAACAACCUGACAAGAAUCCGCAAAAAUUCAGCUGACUUUUUCGAGAAGUUCCUGAAUCCACUAAAUACUUCAGAAAAUAUCGCCCAGAUUACUUCAGAGUAUUCAAGGAAGAUUGGGAAAUUCUACGUAAUGUAGCCUGUGUUGUGCCUUGUAAAGGUGCCAUAUCAAUCUGUGUUGCAAUUAAAUAAUAUCAUCACUGGGCUACUUCUAAGCUCCUGUGAUGCUGUGUGUCCCCUACGAGAGUUCCAAGCAUGACUUGUUGUAUUGCUAUUCUAUCUUUGAAAUAAAUGUAUUUUCCUUUUGA